UUUCUGAUUCUGGUGAGAUAUACGUCUCUUUUGUGUGUCAUUUUUGCACUUUUACAACAUUUUUGACGUAAGCGAUUUAACGUGUUUCUGAGUUUCUGUUGUGCGUCCUAAGAGACGAAGUCUGCUUUAGGUCCCGACGUUCCAAGAUUGUUAGAUUAGAAUGUUGAAGACAAUCUCGAGGGAUUUUACUCAAGUAAUACUAUCUACUAGAAGGAACUGGAAGUCACCUGUUGAAAAGCUUAUCGCGUUCGGUACAUCAGCGCUUAUUGUCUAUAAUGCCGCUCGAGAUGCAUCAGAAAUUCCUUGUCUUUUACCAACAGCGCAUGCAAAUGAGUCACUAGAAGUUGCGUCUUAUCCUUGGUCCCAUGCCAAGCCAUGGCAGGCAUUCGAUACGAGCUCGAUUCGCCGCGGUUACCAAGUAUAUCAGCAAGUGUGCGCUUCUUGUCAUGCUAUGCGUUUCUUAUCGUAUAGAAAUUUGGUCGGCGUUGCUUACACUGAAGCAGAAGCCAAACAAAUGGCGUCGGAAAUCGAUGUGGAAGACGGGCCUAAUGACAAAGGUGAAAUGUUCGAAAGACCUGGCAAACUUACGGAUCCCUUCCCUCGUCCCUAUCCGAAUGAAGCGGCCGCACGUGCCUCAAACAACGGCUCUUACCCUCCAGACCUCUCCCUGAUCGUCAAGGCUCGUCCAGGAGCCGAAAAUUACAUUUUUUCACUGAUUUCUGGCUACUCUGCUCCUCCUCCUGGUGUAGAAGUGAAAGAAAACAUGUACUACAACCCCUAUUUUCCCGGUUCUCAAAUUGCUAUGCCGCAGCAGCUCACCGAUGGAUGCAUCGAAUAUGAUGAUGGCACAGAAGCAUCUAUCUCCCAAAUGGCGAAAGAUGUCACCACCUUUCUCGCUUGGGCAGCAGAACCUCACCAAGAUGAGCAUAAAAAAUUCGGUCUGAAGGCCUGUCUACUUUUCACGCUUCUUGCAUGCCAAUUUGCCUAUUUCAAGAGACUCCGAUGGGGCAUCAUCAAACACCGUGUUACUGCUAUCAAAAAAUAACCACAUUUUCACGUCUCGUGAAAAAUCGUAAAAAUUGUUUUUUUUCACUUUUGCGUAAAACGGUGUCGAGCCGACAUGCGAUGCGUCUCUCUGUUCGCACCACCCCUCUUGAAACAUCUAAAAUUGGUACACAUAUGCAUGAGGGACUAAUUCACGAGUUCUAUAUUGAUGAUGUGCGAGAGCACG